AUGGACUGUCCGGGGAAGGAAGGCGUGGGGGGAAGGAAGAGGAAUUUGACCCUGCUGAAGAGCAAGCUGUACAUGGGGGAGAGGAGGAGGACAGAGCCCGUGGUGGAGAGCACCACCACCGCCGGGGACCAUGGCACCUUAAGGAGGAGUCAGUCCGACAGGACAGAGUACAGCCAGAAAUUACAAGAAAGAAUGGCCCCACAGGUGGGGUCCUCCACCCCUGCCACCUCGCCACAGGAGGAUGAAGAACAAGUCAGUAGAUGCAUGAUGGCCAAGAGGGUGAAAAUCAUCGCAGAACUCAUGCAGACGGAGAAAGACUAUAUCAGCAACCUGGAUCUUUGCAUCAGGGAGGUGGUUCAGCCCCUGAGAAACAAGCAGAUUGCUCGCUUUGACGUGGAUGGCUUGUUUAGCAACAUUGAAUUGGUCCAUCAAGUAUCAGCCAAACUGCUGUCAUUGUUGGAAGAAGCCACGACAGAUGUGGAACCACCCAUGCAAAUAAUCGGGGAAGUGUUCUUGCAGAUUAAAGGCCCACUAGAAGACACAUAUAAAAUCUAUUGCUAUCACCACGAUGAUGCACACACCAUGCUGGAAUCCUAUGAAAAGGAUGAAGAACUGAAGCAGCAUUUAAGAGACUGUGUACAGUCCUUAAAAAAGAUAUAUGAAGAAGAAGGAAAGCCAAAUCUAAUGGACAUGGGAUCCCUGAUGAUUAAACCAGUGCAACGGGUGAUGAAAUAUCCCUUGUUACUCCAUGAGCUCUUGAAUUCAACUCCUGCUUCUCACCCUGACCACAAGGCGCUACAAGAUGCCCUUUUUGCCAUGAAAAACAUUAAUGUGAACAUCAAUGAACUUAAAAGGAGGAAAGAUUUAGUGCUGAAGUAUAGGAAGAAUGAUGAUGAUGAAACCCUUAAAGAAAAGUUUUCCCGACUGAACAUUCACUCCAUUAGCAAGAAAUCCAAGAGGGUCACCAGCCAUCUGAAAAUACUGACGGGGGGAGAACCUCAGGUGAAAGAUCAAACCUUUAAUAAGGAAGAAAAGUUGUUUCGAAGUUUAGAGAAGACUGUGAAAUUGUGUGUGAAGAACAUUUCGCUCUCUUCGCAACACCUACAGGAUUCUAUACAUCUGGCUGCCCAGAAUAUAAUUGUGCUUCAGGAAAUCUUGCAAGACAAAGGUGACAAAGCCAAUGAUUGUUUGAAAAAAGGGAACAACACUGCAAAUCUCUGUGAAGACCUUAUGGCUCAACUGGACAAGCUGAUUUUGACUCCUCUCUCAGCACUACAAGCCUUGUUUUCAGGCCCUCAGAAGCUCAUCCAGAAGCGCUAUGACAAGUUGUUGGACUACAACAGCUGCCUUCAGAGGUCAACCGGAGAAGAGCUGGACCUGGCAAAGAAAGACUAUGAGGCUCUAAAUGCACAGCUAGUGGAAGAACUUCAGGUAUUCAACAGAGCAGCCAAAAAGAUUGUGUUGAACUGCCUAUACUGCUUCAUCACCUUCCUCAGGAAUAUUAUGUCUGCAGCACUUCAAUCAAAUUCUGCUGUGGUGGUGCCUGUUCCACUGUCCUCCUCAAGCAUCUGUGAAGUGCAGAAUCAACUGAUAGAGGAGGUUCACAAGCUGAAUUUUGUAAAAGAAAACAGCAGUGCAACAUUUAUUGAGAGAAAAUUGAGCUUGGAAAGAAAGAAACCUGUCCCUUCUCCUGUGGAGUCCCCACGUCAAACAGAAGGCCACAGGUCCAAGCUGUUGUCUACGUACAGCCCCGAAUCGCUGUACCAAGCUAAGCGCAAGUGCAAUGCCACGCAGGAACUUGAUAUCAAUUUACAUGAGGGGGAACUGGUGGCUGUCGUGGAGCAAAAGGACCCCUUUGGAAGUACAAGCAGAUGGCUUGUUGACACAGGAAUCCUUAAAGGGUAUGUGUAUUCCUCCUUCCUGAGGCCUUACAAUCCAGCCAAAGCACAGAAGGAUGUCACAGAAAAUGGCUUUGGUGAUGAUGAUUUUGAUAACAUCAGCCUCUUUGUCUCUUCACGGCCCUCUACUGACAGCAGCACAAGAAGUCCAGGGCACAAGAAGAGUGACAGCAGCUCUUCUCUCCAAUUCUGUGAAAAUCCCACAAUUAAUGGCACAGGGACUGAUGCUCUUCAGGAUAUGGAUGAUCAGCAUACCUUCUAUGCUGUUUACGCAUUUCAAGCAAGAAAUGACCAAGAACUCAGUCUUCAGGAGUACCAGAAGGUUAGGAUACUUCGGUUUUCUGACCUGAGUGGCAAUAAAGACUGGUGGCUGGCCGAAGCAAAAGGUCAGAAGGGAUAUGUACCAUCUAAUUAUCUCGGGAAGAUGACCUAUGCUUAGGCAGAGAAGGGCCCACUGAGCCAGUCUCUGUGAAGCAGACAGAAUAAUCAUCUGUUACGUUUUGCAGCGAGCAAGGCAAACCUACAAGUGAUUGACAGAAGCCACGGUAUCCAGUAGACAAAUGAUACUGGGAACCUCCAUCCUCCAAAAGCUAUCACUUUGUCAAGAUCUGAUUUAACACAAAGACUGAUCCUGGUUAACAUCCUGAAGAGCUCGCUUUUCUAUUACCCCAUAAUUUUCUCUUUUGUCAAAGCAUCCUAUGUCAAGAGUCAACC